ACCGUCAAAAUUAAAACCCGCGUCUUGUGUUUGUCUGUCUAUAUCUACCACAAAAAUAAACUAAAAUAAAUUGAAAUUCAAUUGACAUAUCAUCGAUUUAUAAAUUACAAUAUUAUAAAUAAGUGUGUUAUUAAAUAAUUAAAAUGAGUGAAAUGGCUAAUAGGUCAAAGAAGGAUAAAAAUCAACAUAUACAAGUGUUUGUUCGUGUGAGGCCAUCAAAUCAGAGCGAAUCAUGUGGAAAAUCUUUCAAUGUCAUUGAUGUUACAAACAUCAAAGAAUUACUUGUACGUGAACGUCCACAAGAUAAAAUGACCAAAAAAUUUACAUUUGAUCGAGUAUUUGGUCCCAAAUCUAAACAGCUCGAUGUUUAUACAUCAGUAGUAAAUCCAUUUGUCGCAGAAGUACUUGCUGGUUAUAACUGUACAGUAUUUGCAUAUGGACAAACUGGAACCGGUAAAACGUUUACCAUGGAAGGAUUAGCUAAUGAUCCAGCUAUACAUUGGCAAACUGAUUCAACUGCUGGUAUAAUACCCCGAUCACUUAGUCAUCUAUUUGAUGAACUGCGUAUUCUCGGAGCCCAAGAGUAUACUGUCAAAGUUUCCUUUCUUGAAUUAUAUAAUGAGGAAUUAUUUGAUUUAUUAUCAGCAAAUGAAGAUGCUUCUAAAUUAAAAUUAUUUGAAGAUUCAACAAAAAAAGGAUCAGUUAUAAUUCAAGGCCUUGAAGAAGUUAUCGUUCACAACAAAGACGAAGUAUAUAGAAUUCUACAACGUGGAUCUGAGAGAAGACAAACAGCUGCUACGAUGAUGAAUGCAACGUCAAGCCGCUCGCAUACAGUUUUUUCUAUUACUGUGCAUAUGAAAGAGUGUUCGGUAGAAGGCGAGGAGCUGAUAAAGACCGGAAAGUUGAAUCUGGUAGAUCUCGCGGGGUCUGAGAACGUGGGACGCUCUGGAGCAGUAGACAAACGUGCCCGCGAGGCUGGAAACAUCAACCAGUCGCUUCUGACUCUUGGCCGGGUGAUCACAGCUCUGGUGGAACGCGCCCCCCAUAUUCCGUACCGAGAGUCAAAACUGACGCGUCUGCUCCAAGAUUCUUUGGGCGGUAGAACCAAGACUUCAAUAAUCGCGACUAUUUCGCCGUCGUCUCUUAAUCUUGAAGAGACUCUUUCUACUCUGGAUUACGCUCAUCGGGCGAAGAAUAUCACCAACCGUCCGGAAAUAAAUCAGAAGCUUACCAAGACAACGCUGAUUAAAGAAUACACUGAGGAAAUUGAACGACUUAAGCGCGACCUCUACGCGACGCGCGAACGCAAUGGCGUUUAUUUAUCCGAAGACGACUACAAGCAGCUCCUGGCAAAUUGUGAUUUCCAGGGUAAAGAAAUUGAGGAAAAGAUCCAGUUGAUCAAAGCGCUGCAAGAAGAACUUGAGAAUAAAAAUAAAUUAUUUGAGCAAACUAGCGAACAGUUAAAAGAAACUUGCCAUCAAGUCCGAGUGAUCAAACAGGAUCGUGAUGAGCAGAAAUAUCUCGUCGAAAAUCUUGAAAAUAUAACAGAAACUUUGUCCAAUCAGGCGUCAACUCUUCUAGAAGUUGCCAAUACUGCAACAGAUCAUACUCAGCGGCUUCAUGAUAAAAUCGCGAGAAAAAAUUCCGUCGAAAACGAAAAUGAACAUCUAAGAAUUUCAUUCGCUUCAAAAGUUGAUGAAUCCUUCAAACAAUUGGUCUCUGAUGUAAAUAAAUAUUCGACCGAGUUGAUCAACGAUUCAAAAUCAGUUGAACAAUUUGUUUGUCAACGAACUGAUGCCCACAGGACCACGAUAAAAGAGUUCGUGGAUAAAAAGGACCUGGAUGUUGCUAAAUAUGAUGGACAGUUAGCAGGAAUUGGAGACCUUUCAGGUUCCAAUGCUGAUAGUUACAAAAAAUGGUUCGUCGAUGUCGUAGAACGUGCGAAGGAAAUUGAUGAUAGUGAAAAAAAAAGUUUGGUCAAUAUCUCAGAUCAUUUUGGCAACGAAUUGAAGCGACUUGUUGACAAUAAAAUAGCGGAUAAUUUGUCAGCUCUUGAUAAAGAUUUGCAGAGUAAAUUAAAACGACUUAGACAACAACUGCAGAUAACUGUCACUGAUUUGUACUUGAAGCAGAAUGAAGAAAUAAAUCUGGUGACGGCAGAGUUGGCGGAUGUCAGGAAGCAGCUGGUGGUAAGUAAUGAUUUGAGUUCCACUAAUACUCGUCAUCAAAAGGAAUUAGACGGAAUAAUGAAAGCAAUGAUGGAUAAUUAUCUGAGAAUAAGCAAUCAAAUUACGGUUAAUUGUGAGACGGUUACAAAAUCUGCGGGGUAUGGGAUCCAAAAGUUGGAAAUUGUUGAUCAAAAAGUUGGUUCGAUGUUAAAUGAUAAUCAGGGAUUGAAAAGUUUCGUGGAUGGCCAGGUUACCAAUGACUUCAAAGAGGUCCAAGAGCUUCUUGGAGAUGCUGUCAAAGCAAACUGUCGUAUCGCUGAGGAAACUGUUGCCGCUGGUGAUAAAUUAUCUGGCAAACUUAAGAAUUUGCUGGCUGAUGCGAGCCAGGAGGUGACGGAUUACAGGGAAAAAGUUGAGGGACAGAUGGCAAAGGCUAGAGAGUUGGUUGAUAGGGACCAGGAGCUUCUGGGCAAUAGGAUUAAGGAUCUCAGUGGUUCGAUCAGGGAAGAUGUCGAUGUAGACCGCGAUCUUAUGAACAAAUUCCAAGGGGAAGUGAAUUUGAUGACCGAGGAACUGGGAUCGUUGACUGUGGAGACGGAGAAGAAGAUCAAGAACCAGGAAAAAGUUUUGGUAGAAAGUGUCGAGGAUAUUGAUGGUGAUGUCAAGCGUUUCUUGGUUGAGGAAAUAAAGAAAGACAUUCCGACGGGAAUGACUCCGGUUAAAAAAGAUUUUGAGUAUCCGAGACAGAUUGUUGAGAUGUCGCCGAGAGAGAGAAUUGUUGAUCGGUUCAGAAAGUGGCGGGAAACUCAUCCUGAGGAGGAUCAAGAUGUCACUAUAAAGUGCGAGGAGUUGGAUGAAACUGAAGUUAUUUUGCCUACGCCGAUUAUUAAGAAGUCAAAGUCUUUUGAAAGAACUAAGAGCGAGGAUGGCCAAGGAAGACUCGUCAAAGCAGCAUCGGAUAUCCAGAUGCAGAGUUUCGAGACUUCAAAUAAUUCAGAUUUACAGAGAAGCAGCUUGACUUCUAAUGGAGACACGUCCAGUGAUGAAUUUAUCUGUAGUAAUAAAGAGAAUGGAAAUAGAAAUGGAAAGAGGAGUGGAGAUAAGAGAGUAUCAAAACAACCUAAAUUCAUACCCAGGUCUAAAGGUACAGCGAAAAAAGUUCUUACCAGUCACAAUGACUGAUCAUUUAAUAUUUUUUUAUUUUUUUUUUAAGUUAUGAUAGAGGAAUAUGUUAACUCAAUUAUUAUUAAUAUUUUUUAUUAUUAAUUGAACAUUAUCAAGAUUUAACGUUUAUGUAACUUUUUUUAAAUAUAAUAAGUAUAAGUAAUAAUAAUUAAAUUGUAAGAAUCAAUAAAUAUUUUAUUAAAUUUUCGAACGUUGGAUCAUAGCUUUUUUUUUUAAGGGCAUUCUCAGACAGUGUUCCUCACUUUUUUUAAUUAUUCAAUGACUCAAUUGUAAUGACCGUAUUAAAAUUUUGGUAAUUAAUUACAAAAAAGUUUAAAGAUUAACUGAAAAAGGGCAACGCAGUUACGAUUUUGCCGACAGGUUUUCAAAAAAUUGUUUAAAGGAUAUAAAUUAGGGGUAGACAGUGCCCGCACUUUUUAAAAAUAUGCAAUGACUUACAACUGUCGAAAGUGUAUUGAAAUUUUAUUAAUUAAUUGAAAAAAAUUAAUGCAUUGUUUGAAAAAAGGACAACAGAGAAGUAAUUUCGUUGAGAUAUAGAAUUUAAAAAAAAAUUACUUACAGUUGUCAUUAAUUAGGAGUUGAACGAAAUUCGUUGAAUGUAUUUGAGCCUAAAAAAUUUGAAAAUUCGAAUUUUGAAAUUGACGUGAAGAUUUUACUGAAAUUAAUUCUAUAAAUUUUGAUUAACUCCCAAUUGACGUCAACUGUAAGUAAUUUUUUUUUUAAUCUAUCUCAGCGAAAUUUCCCUUUUUUCAAUUAAUGCUUUAUUUUUUUUUUAAUUAAGGGCAUUCUCAGAUAGUGCCCCCUACUUUUUAAAAAU